AUGGGUGUAUUUUGGACCGGAUUGAAGUAUGUGUUCACGGACUUUUCGUGUUGGACAUCGACUCAUGGAGUACCGCAUAUUGGAAUGGCUAAUGCGAAAUGGUUGAGAGCCUUCUGGAUACUCGUCGUGUUAGUUAACAUUGGACUUUUUAUCUGGCAGUUCAUAACACUUCUCACCAAUUUCUUGUCGUUCAGUGUCAAUACGGAAACCACUCUCCAAUUCGCAGAACGAACUUUUCCCACGGUCACCAUUUGCCAUCUGAAUCCUUGGAAACUUACUGAAACAAAAAGUGCAGAUGGGGAUAUGAGUUCUUUGAUCGACGCAUACAAUUCAUAUUCAAGUUCUGCACAAUUUGGACUUCCAGCUUCACUAACUGCCGAUAGACAACAACAAGCAAAUAAAUGGACGUUGAUGUAUUCGGAGAGGUUAAAUGAGAAACAGUAUGACGAUGACCUAAACAUUGCUUACUCCUAUGAUGAUAUGGUGGUCAGCUGUACCUACAACGCCAAGACCUGCAAUAUCACGGAUUUCAAUGACUUCUACAAUCCAUCCUAUGGAAACUGCAUCCAAUUCAACACGGCUGGAUACUACAAUUCCUCCCGAGCCGGUCCUCUUUAUGGUCUUCGUAUGGUAAUGAGGACAGAUCAAGCAACAUAUUUGCCUUGGACAGAGGCAUCGGGAGUGAUUAUUGAUAUUCAUAUGCAGGAUGAAAUACCGUAUCCAGACGUCUUUGGCUACUUUGCUCCACCGGGUACUGCUUCCUCUCUUGGUGUCAGUUAUGUUCAAACCACUCGCCUUGCAAAACCAUACGGUACUUGUACAACCAAAACCAAGCUCGAAACCACUCAUUACACGGGAACGUAUACUGUGGAAGCGUGCUUCAGAAGUUGUAUGCAGGAGAAGAUAAUUGCGUCGUGUGGAUGCUACUACCCAGCCUAUUCUCAUGCUCCAAAUACUACUCAGUUCGUUUCGUGUGAUAAUGGAGCGGCUACUUUGGAUAAUUUACUCUGCGUGGACUUGAUCAACAGUGCGGACUCUACAGAGUUUGAUGUACUCACUGACUGUGAUUGCCCUCAGCCUUGCGAAGUCGAUUCCUAUGGAGUCACGGUGUCCACUGCGCAAUGGCCAUCAGACUCCUAUACGCCUACUGAAUGCAACCCGGGCGGUCCAUCCGGUCCAUGGGACACCUCUGGUCAAACCUGUCUAGAUUGGUACAAGGCGAAUACGAUAUUGAUCGAAAUUUAUUAUGAGAGAAUGAAUUUUCAAGUGCUUACGGAGUCACCGGCGUAUACCUUUGUCAACUUCAUCUCAGACGUUGGUGGUCAAGUCGGUUUGUUCCUUGGAAUGAGUAUCAUCUCAGUCAUCGAGAUCUUGGUUCUCUUUUUCCUUGUCUUUUUCUACUGUUGCACUCAUAAAUCAAGAAAAGCAGAAAUUGAACAACUGGAGAUGGAUAUUCAGAAGGCUAAGGACGAUGUUGACCAGGUUGCUGAGAAACGUAAGAAGCACCAGAAGGCAAAUGCAGAGUUGUAUGAAAUGGAUGCUGGAGAUGAUGUGGUUCCGCCAAAACCUGUUGCACACGAUUAA